AUGUUUCUACGAAGGUAUCUGUCGACACCCUCAGUUCUGCGAGAGAAUCUAAUUAAAGAACUACAAUUGAGAGGCUUGAUUGCUCAAAUUUCCAAACCAGAAAAAUGGCUGGUCGAAAAAUUGCAAUCAAGGGAUAAUGGCAACAACAACAAGGUAAAACUAUAUUGUGGAGUUGAUCCGACAGCUAAAUCAUUACAUUUAGGUAAUCUGGUACCAUUGAUGGUAUUGUUGAAUUUUUAUGUUAGAGGACAUAGUGUUGUUACUUUAGUAGGUGGCGCGACUGGGAGAGUUGGUGAUCCAAGUGGUAGAAUAACGGAAAGAUCAGAAAUGGCUACCGAUAUAAGAGCUAACAACAUUGAGGCAAUUAGUGAGCAAUUGGUACGGUUUUUUAAAAAUGGGAAAAAAUAUUAUGAAAGGAAGAACAAACAUAAUACUGUGGAGUUCGGGGAACAUAUUUUGAAAGAUAACUAUUCUUGGUGGAAAGAGGUUAAGAUGUUAGAUUUUUUGGCUCAAUAUGGUAGGCAUAUAAGGGUUCAAGCAAUGCUUUCGCGUGACUCUGUCACAUCAAGGUUAGCAAACCAAGGGUCAUUAGGAUUCAAUGAAUUUACCUAUCAAAUUCUUCAAGCUUAUGAUUUCUUCCAUUUGUAUAAGGAACAUAAUGUCUCCAUUCAAGUAGGUGGGAACGAUCAAUGGGGUAAUAUUACAGCUGGUCUGGACCUUAUCGGUAGAUUAGAGCCUAAAAGUAAAGAGUUGCCUGCGUUUGCAGUUACGACGCCUCUGCUUUCCACAGCUAAUGGUGAAAAGUUUGGGAAAAGUGCUGGGAAUGCCGUAUUUAUAGAUCCAGAAAUAAAUACACCUUUUGAAAUAUUCCAGUUCUUUUAUAAUACGGAAGAUGCAGAUAUUGCGAGAUUUCUGCAAAUUUUCACUCUUUUACCAAGAGGAAAGAUUCAAUCUAUAGUGGCAGAUCAUCUUCGAUCACCCCAUUUGAGGAAAGGACAAAAUAUUUUAGCAAAGGAGGUUACUGAACUGUUACAUGGUGUAGAUGCAAGUAAUGAAGCGGAAGAAGUCUCUAAUGUUUUGUUUGGGAAACUUAAGCGUCAUGAAAAAUUGGAUGCCAGCAGAUUGAUUGAACUAUGUAGUAAAGCUCGAAUUUUACAGCAUGCCAACAAAUCAGAGAAUCUUAUUGACUUACUCGCUAGAUUAACUAAUGAUUCCAAGUCCGCUGCCAAACGGAAAAUCUCCCAAGGUUCUAUUUACUUGCAUUCGGAUCAAAUUAAAGUCAGUGAGAGCCUUACAAAUUGGGAUCCAUACCUAAUUGAUAAUAAAGUUUUGUUAAUGAAGAUUGGUAAACAAAAAACAUUUGUUAUAGAAAUGAAGUAA